AUGUUCGUGAGGGGCCGCGGCGCGGUUCCCCGCGAGAUUCAGCCCCCACUCCAGCUUGCUUCGGGUCGCCAGAUUUACAGUUCUGACGGGCGCGUUUACAGUCCAGCGGGGCGCUUGUGGGGCCUCCCCCUUUGGGCGAUGCCAGGGCGCCUGUUUUGUUCUCCCCGACCCUCCCUACUGAAUGCGCCCCUCCCUGCUGGCCCUCCCUCGCCCGGAAAAGGGCGGAUAUAUUCGACGUGCACACCGCGCGCCCUCCCGCCGCAGUUUCCGCCUCCUCCUCCCGUGCUGCUCCCUCUCGCGCGCCCCUCACGCCCCGCCCUUCGUGUCGCGGCCGCCGGUUCACAGGGUCCUUCUCGGCGCCGUUCGGCUCGUUCGGCUCGCGCGUGA